AUGUUUACCCUUUUGUUUAUUGAUUUAGUUUCUAAUAAUUGUAAUUUGUCCUCAUGAGUGAACCAGUGGGAAAGAAAAACAAACCCUAAUUUUCAUUUUUUACUUCGAACACAGCAUAAUUUAAAAGCAAAAUAUACAAAACACCUCGAAUGUGUUACAACACCAAAGAAAAUUAAUGAAUUAAAUAAACCAAAUGUCUGAAAAGGAGUGGGAUGAAGCAAAAGCUCAUUACUCAUGUUUACCUUGAGAGGAACCAGACUCAAAAGAAAACCCAUUUUCAUCUGGGUGGCACCAAAUGUCCAUUUAUUAUAGUUUUAUUAUUGUUGAGGUGAGCUGUUCACUGAUGUUCACUGUUUAUGCAAAAUGUGAUCCUAAGCCAUUGUAGCAGACUGUUGAAAUGAUUUACACUUUAGUCCAAAUCCAUCCUCAAAGUUCUUGAGUUCUAUGUUGUGUUAUAUUUAUGGAUUUAUAUAAUCACGUACACGUUUAUAUACUAUGUGGAUUAGAGGUGCUGGUGGGUUGCCAGGUCUUAUAAUAGCAUUCUCAGAAGGUUAGUAUAUUUAUUGAAGCUCCUUAUGAAAUCCACGUGCACGUGAAGGCGGUACACUGUGGCCAGGCGCGUAGCUCUUUCCGUUCAGCGGCAGGAAUGAGCGUGUUUACUAGCACCGGGCGGAGAAAAGCGCUGUUUGUUUUUUUUGCGCUGUUUCGCUUUCAAAGCGCUUCUCUGAUUGGCUGAGUGUGGCUGUCAAUCAAGCGUAGGCCGUCUCUAAUGACCAAUGAGAGAUGAGUUGCGGUAACGCCGCUUGUAGACCCAAGCUCGCUCUCCGUGUCACACUCACACACACAUACGCGCGCACACACGUAAACACGCAGUGACAGGCGCGCGCACGAGCGGAAUAUCAACCAGCUCGGCCGGAUCGCUAAAACUUUGACCGCAACUUUAUAACAAAGCCUUCGGAUGUCAGACCGUCUCCGAUUCUCUUCGCACUGGACCUCGGUCUAACUCACGGCGUUGAACUUCUUACGAAACUUUUCUUUUCCUUUUCUUUUCUUUUUUUUUACUUUCAUCUCUGCCUCUUUUUUUUCCUGUUUCAAGCCGACAAAACCGUCGCGUCUGAGUCACUCGCGAGCCGCCAACUCUAUGUGACGUUGGGCGUUUGUCGGUACCAUGGCGGAAGCGGCCCAACAGCAACAGCAACAGCAGCAGCUGGUCGACAUCGACCCGGACUUUGAGCCUUUGUCGCGGCCCCGAUCGUGCACUUGGCCGCUGCCUCGGCCCGAGUUCACCAACCCUGCCGACUCGAGCACGUCCUCGCCGGCCCCCUCUGUCAAGCACGAGCCGGGCGCCAACGCGGACUUCCUCACGAGCCUUAGUUUGCUCGAAGAAUCAGAGGACUAUGCCGACGACAAGCCACUUGUCCUUUGCCCAGAUUUCCAGUGCCAAGAAAACUGCGGGCACCGACAGCAGCAGCAGCCGCGGCCGCAGAUCUCCGGCGCUCCGCUUCCCCCGCAGCAGCAGCAGCAACAGCAACAGGUGCCGUUACUUUCCUCCUCGUCCACUGCGGCAGCGGCGGCUGCGGCGCAGAGGAAGAGCGGCUCGGCACGGCGCAACGCCUGGGGCAACAUGUCGUACGCCGACCUGAUCACCAAGGCCAUCGAGAGCUCGCCCGAGAAGCGGCUCACUCUCUCGCAGAUCUACGACUGGAUGGUGAAGAGCGUGCCUUACUUCAAGGACAAGGGCGACAGCAACAGCUCCGCCGGCUGGAAGAACUCGAUCCGGCACAACCUGUCUCUGCAUAGUCGCUUUGUGAGAGUGCAGAAUGAGGGGACAGGGAAAAGCUCGUGGUGGAUGCUUAACCCAGAGGGUGGUAAGAAUGGCAAGUCACCUCGUCGUCGUGCCGCCUCCAUGGAUAACACUGGCAAGUUUGCCAAGAGUAGAGGGCGUGCAGCCAAGAAAAAGCUGGCCCUUCAGGGUGGUCCUGAUGCUGGUGCUGAUAGCCCGGGCUCACAAUAUAGCAAGUGGCCUGGCAGCCCCAACUCACACAGCAAUGAUGACUUGGAGCCCUGGACAACUUUUCGCCCUCGCACCAGCUCCAACGCCAGCACGGUGAGCGGACGUCUUUCACCCUUCGUGCCCGAGCAGGAUGACCUGACUGACUCAGAAAUGCACAUGGUCUACUCGGGCCCUGGCUCAUCCUCCAAAAUGACCUCAACUCUACCGAGCCUUUCGGAGAUGACCAGUUCUUUGGGCCAUGGCAGCACAGAGAAUGUUAUGGAGAACCUUCUGGACAAUCUCAACCUGCUCUCGCCAAAUAACCCAGGAUCAGCUGGGGGGCCCAGUUCAAGCUCCAAUCAAUCAUCUCCCUCCUCUCUUCUACAGAGCAGCCCUGGAUAUGCACCAUAUAGCAACCAGCAACCUCAGCAAGACUACCGCAAAUGCUUGUAUGGCCAGCCCAGCAUGGGAAACCUGUCCUCUAUGUCCAUGCAGACUCUGGAGAGCAAGCCCUCUUUUCCAGCUUCUUCUGGAUCAAUGGGGCAGUAUAACUGCCCAGCAGGACUGCUUAAGGAGCUCCUGACCUCAGAUUCAGACCCACAUACAGACCUGAUUCCUUCUGUAGACACUGUGGUCUCCCAGUCGGUAAGCAGAGGAGGACGCAUGUUGCCUCCUUAUGGUAGUGGGCGAGCCGAACUAAUGGGGGGUGGGGCUUCCCAUGGCCACGUUCUGUCUCACUCUCACAGUAUGCAUGGCCAGGCACCACCUACCUCUGUGGCUCUGAAUGGGCGUCCAAUACAUCCUAUGACCAACAUGAGCCAUGGAGGACGUAUUGGGUCCAUCAAGUCAGCUAUGCAGAUGCAAUAUGGGGCUUCGGGUCACAUGGCAGGAGGAAGUGGGGCAGGAGGGGGAGGACUCCCAUUCUGCAACAUCAAUGGCAACGGCUAUGGCCCUGGACCUAGCCUGCCACCCAUUCAGCACAUGGAAAAGCUGCCCAGCGACUUAGAUGGCAUGCCUGUGGAGCGCUUCGAGUGUGACAUGGAGUCUAUUCUUCAUGAUACACUAAUGGACGGAGAUACGCUGGACUUUAACUUUGACUCCAUGGCAAACCAGCCAGGGUUCCCGCCACAUGGGGUCAAGACCACUACUCACAGCUGGGUGUCUGGUUAAAGGUAAUACCUUUCUGCUCAUCAGACUGGAGAGUAAGAGCCCAAAGAGGCUAUUAUGACCCAUUCAAGCUAUUCUCUCUUCUCUUGCUUCUCAUCACGGACAUUCUCCUGCUUUAGCCCUGUUCAGCCAUGGCUGUGAUAUGACUGCACAUUGCCAAGGACGUUUGUUCGGUGAGGAGCUGAAGGAGGAAGUUCCUGCUCCAGCAUUGCAAUGCGCCUUCAAACCAAGUGCCAAACCAGGUGCCUGUGCUCCUUAGCCAAAUAAAUGUGCUUUAUUUUGCUGCCUUCUUCUCGCUACAGGGAACCAGUGGUCAAAUCAGGGCGAAGACGGUGAGGUUCACAAAUGAGACUCAUACUUUAAACUGCAACGUGCAUACAUUUAUGCAACUACAGAACAUCCUGGUUAUCAGAACAAUCAAAUUCUCCACUAAAUUCACACUGUGAUCGGGUGACAUCCUAAAUUGAGGCACCUAUUUUUUUAAAUUUAUGCUUUUUCUCUUCACCAGCCCUUAAAUUGGCCAUUGCAUGGUGAUGUAUACUUUUUCUCUACAAGUCUAGCAUGCUGUUAGAGUCCAAACUGCUGGCUUUUGCUUUCUAAUGUCUACAUGCAGUGCUUAAUUCCAUAGACAGCUCAAAGCUAACCUGAUUGGGAAAAAGAACUGGAUCCUGAAGAUGAGUGUAUAUAGUUUUAUCUGUAGAAGGUCCAUUUCUUGGCAGGACCUGAAGAAGUUUAGGGAAAAAACUGUCUGCCUAAAUGGACUGUGUUACAUGAAUUAUUACAACACUUUCUAUUUUCUCCUCAAUUUGUUUGAAUCACAGCAGACUUACUUCGUUUUUAACAAGUAUGUUGUGAUCAUGUCAUGUACAGAGCGUUUACACAAAGAAUUCAGCAAUCAGGGCAGCAGAUUUAGUGUUUUGUGAAUUGAGAGAAACUGGAUCUGACACUUGACAUUUCGGUUGGCUCAUUCUCACUCAUAACUGUACACCUUUCUACAUUUCCUGUAAAUAGACGGUAAAUAUAUAUGGCAGAAGUAUAAAGUUGACGCGUUUUAGUUUUUUCUUUUUUUUCCAAAUCAUGUUAUUGAUUUUGUGUAUGGUUGGCUUUAGCUAAAGUUAGAUUAAGCUUGUACAAUGCAUUUUAACAGUGUUUUGGGGUCCUUAAAGGACAGGUCCACCCAUUUUGCAAAGUUUCUUUAGGUGUUUGUAUCCUGGAAGCUCUCAUAUUGGGGCAAUGUGUAUACUCUGAUGGCCCUUUGAGCUCUAUUAAUCAAUUGUAUAUGAAUAUUCUGCAAUCCUAAAAUGCUAUGGUUUAAUAGUAUACCAGUGACCAGUCUUUGCCCUGUAGACUCUUAUUAUUUGAUUUAUCAUGGCAGAAAUUUUGACAAAUUGUUGGACAUGUCCUUUAACAUUUCUCAUGCGGUCCCUCACACAGGAGUUCUGUUUGUAGUUAAAAAACUACAGCACAGAUGGGCUCUUAUGGACCACCAUCUGUGCAUGCAGAAAAGCUACAGACCUCUGCCUUUAAAAAAAAAAGUAUAGGGAAAUGUAUUUAUUUAUUAGCGUGAAGGAGAAUAGACGUGGUUGAGUCACGUCACAGAUUACAAGUCAGAUCUAUCUAUCUAUCUAUCUAUCUAUCUAUCUAUCUAUCUAUCUAUCUAUCUAUCUAUCUAUCUAUCUAUCUAUGUUUAUAUCUCUCUCUUUUUCUUUUCUCUUUCUCUCUCUCGUCUCCCUUUCUCUUACUCUCCAAUUACUGAUAUCAAAAAAUGAGAGAAAUAAAAUAGACCCAAUGCCUGCCUUUUUUCUUCCAUUUCUUUCCCUCUUUCCUUUUCAGCUGACCUGCCUCGCUAUCCUUGUACAACCAUCAUAAAACCCAUUAGCCUUCACUUUGUUUUGUUCAGUUUGGCUACCAUGCUAUUCACUUUGUACACUGUACAAAACUCUUUCAGAAAUACCUGCUCGGUUCUAAGAAAACUGAGAUGUCUUGUCUUUGGAAAAUCAAUAGUAUAUCAAGUUUUACACAGUAGGUAUUCUUAUUUCAACAUAGUUAGGCUUAUAUCAGUUGAUUUCAUUUGUUUUUUUAUUUUUGAGUUCAAUUAUUGGCUGAAACUGAGGUCAAUAAGGACGCCAAUUGUUCUGACUAAACUGAAAUUCCUGAAAAACUGGAAGUCUUAGUCUUAGUUCUGGCACAUCCGGAGACUUGCUGUAUGUGUCACUAAAAAGUGCAUAAAACUGCAUGUGUUACAUGUAUUCUAAUGGAUCAAAGGUAGCAGUGUUCCUUCUGUCUAAGUUUAAUAAUUUAUUAUUCAAUAGAUUUAAUUAACUCAUAUCUGGUUGACUGCUAUGGAAGAGAAACACGUUUUUUAUACGACAAAAACAAGUAUAAUGUUUUUUCACCGAACGUCAAUUUUUCUGUCUGUGUAAACAUGAAAUGAUGCACAGAUUGGCAUGCAGUGUCACUCCUAAUCUAAAAUGUGCUUUUAAGGUUUAGUGAUUAUAGUACGUAGCGAGCUUAAUAUCUGACUACCUGCCCUUUCCAAUAUCUUUAACUUGCACAUACAUUUCUCCAUCAGACUAUUUCCAGAAAUGGAUUUCUUUUAGAUUUUUCAAACUGACUUUUUGUGAUCAAAAUCUGUAUCAAAUAGCCAAACAUGAUUUCACCAAUCACAUCCUGGCAUCUCGAUAACACAAACAGUUAUUCUUAGUAUCACUUCAUGAUUCCAACUCCUAGCAUGUCAUCUUUCCAGGAUCAGCUUUAGAGAAAUAUUGAAUAAAUUAUUGGAAGCAUUUAAACAGAAAUACCAUUUGGAAUCAGGCCUACAUGGAAAACAUAAUUCAAUUGAUUACCACAGUGAUUAUAAUGAUCACACAUUUUGGUGUGGUUUUUUUUGUUGCACAAUUUACUCAACCUCAAAACGUCUGGAGUUCCAGUUGUACAAGGAUAGUGUUUCUCUCUCUCUCUCUCUCUCUCUCUCUCUCUCUCUCUCUCUCUUUUAUGGGUGUAUGUCUAUAUAUAUAUAAAUCAUUUUUUUAAUUAUAAUUUUUUAAUUUUUGCCUCAGAAUACUAGAAAAUCAAGACUUGGCCGAGUCAGAGACAAGCUUAUUCUGAAGCAUGGUAAAUAAACAGUGUUCUGUGGAAAUGUUGAGCGUACCGCAUAAGCAUAUCACUGAAAGACUUGAAUCUGCUUGAAUCUUGUCCUGCGGCUGAACCCUAGGAUAAUGACAUAUGUAACAACGAUACACUUUAGAGCUGUUUUAACAUUUUGUGAAAGCAUCGAUAUUUUGAAGUGAUAUGCAGUAACUUCUCCUCAAAGGUCAAACAGCUGAUGUGUCACAGAAAUACUAUUAAAAUAAUGUCAUUUGAUUUCUUUACAUGAGGUUCAUGUACAUUUAAACGACUGCCACAUAUCUAUUCUAGAAAGGAUCUAUUAACCAAUGAGCUAUACUUCUUGUGCAGGCUGCUCUUCAAAAAGAGGACUACAACAUAGAAAACGUCUGCUAAUAUUAAUGGAUAAAUCAUAAAACAAUAUUUUAGAUAUGAGCAAGCUGACUUGUAUUGUAUAUGCUCUGUUAAUUUUUGCAAAUGCUUACAUCUAUGCAUUCUUGUACUUCAUUUAUUACUUUUUGUUACAUUCGGUUUGUUUUUACUGAUGACAAUAUGUAUAUGUACUAUGGGCUUGUGGAGAAAUAAUGAUGUUAUGGGAAAAAAAAAAUGAAGUAUUUAGAAAGUAGAUUUACAUGUAAAGCUUUUUUUGUAAACUGACUCUGUUUAUUCUUGUAUUUUUCAGCAGUUUUUAAAUUAAAUAUAGAAAUAAUAGAAAAAAAAAUCAUAAAAUUGCUAAAUUAAAAAAAGUCAAUUUGAUAAAGAUUAAUGAUUAAUUUGUGUAUUCAGAUUAACGUUUGGACCAACUUUUAUAGAAGAGAAUCUAUCAAUUAUGAGAUGUUGCACUUUCAUAGAGAAACAAAGCAGUGAAUAUGAGAUGUGACCUAUUUUGAAACAAACUGUUACAUUUCUUAACUUAUGUACAGAAAUUCACAAUUAAAAAAACAAAAGAAAUUCUAUAUCUCAAUGUGCAAUCAAUGUAUGUAUAAAUAAUAAAUCUAUAUACAAGAGAAAAUGCUAUUGUUUGGAGAUCAUUAUGCUGACAUUUCCUUACUGAUAUUGAUAUGUCUGUUUUACUUUGAGAUUGUUGGCAGUAAGUGACUGUCUUUUAGCCAAACAGUUUGUACAGUGUGAGUCUCUCAAAUUUACUUUUUUUCCUGAUGUGCUUGUAUUACAAUACAACAACCAGAAUAUGUUGCUGCUGUAUGAAGCCAUAUAUGUAUAUAAAUGAUCUUAAAACAAGAAAAGAA